UCACUCCGCUUUGCUGCAACACACCGUGUUCAGUCUUGAGCCUGCCUUCCUUUCGGUGCCUCUAAAUCCUCAGAAGAUGUCUUCCGAAAGCUUCCAGUGCGUACAACCUUGCAAGGCACCUCCCCAGUGCAAGAAAGCUCCCCCUCAGGAGUGCUGUCCACCUCCCCAGAAGUGCUGUCCACCUCCACAGGAGUGCUGUCCACCACCUCAGAAAUGCUGUCCUCCUUCUCCUCAGAAGUGCUGUCCUCCUCCUCCUCAGGAGUGCUGCCCACCUCCUCAGAAAUGCUGUCCUCCUCCUCAACAAUGUUGCCCACCUCCUCAGCAAUGUUGUCCACCUCCCCAGAAGUGCUGUCCACCUCCACAGGAGUGUUGUCCACCUCCUCAGAAGUGCUGUCCUCCUCCACAGGAGUGUUGUCCACCUCCUCAGAAGUGCUGUCCUCCUCCUCCUCAGGAGUGUUGCCCACCUCCUCAGAAAUGCUGCCCACCCCCUCAGCAAUGCUGUAUACCCCAAUGCCCUCCUCCUCAAAAGUGCUGUCCACCUCAGAAUCCCAAAGGCUUCUGAGAGACCACUGGAAACCAGUUCCCCGAAGGCCUACGACAAGGAGAAGAACACACAACGGAUUCUGAAAGGCACCUUCGAUGACCCACUUUGGUGGACAUCCGUGCUGAUGUGGGCAUUAUCUCAACCGCUUCUUGCUACCUCUUCUUCUUCCCACCUUCUCUAAUGCUUGCGACAAUGAAGAUGGAAUCCAGGAAUUGACGCAUCGAAGGGACGGUGGAUCUCCUUCCAGGAAGUCUGGUUCCGUUGACAUCAACAGAUGCUCUGCUUUCGCUUUGCAACCUUGGAGUAAACAUUCACCUUUGGUUGUCCUUUGUGAUCGGCAAAUGCCAUCAAAAGGACUUCCUCUUCUGAUGUAAUGCUUCAAGUUCUAACUAUAUGUAUAUGGUGCAAAAAUAUAAAAAUAAUACCUGCUCGAUUAUCAUUCGGUUG